GUAAAUUUGAAGGUAGAAAGAAAAAGGGAUGAGGACAUGAAAAAUAAUAUUUUGGUGGCAAGUAAUGCAUUGAAGAAUGGUUCUUCAGCAGAAAACAAAAAAGACUCUAGAGAAUCUGGAAGAAGGAGAGGUGAAAAGAGGAAAUUAUCAGCCCUUGGUGAGAUCAUUAAAGAUGAAGAGAACGAGAGAGAACGUAUAAACAGAAAGGAUUACUGGUUGGUGGAAGGAAUUGUUGUGAAAGUGAUGGCAAAGUGUCUGGGUGACAAAUACCACAGGAAGAAAGGGGUUGUAGCUACAGUAUGCAUGUUAGAUAGUGGACACAAACUAAAACUAGACCAAGAACAUCUUGAAAUGGUGAUACCAGCAAUAGGGCGACCUGUGCGUGUUGUAAAUGGUGCUUAUCGUGUUUGCAGUGCCAUGCUUAGGGAACUGGAUCAGAAGAAAUUCUGUGUAACCAUUGAAAUAUCCUCAGGCCCUUUGAAGGGCAGAAUAGUUGACAAAGUUGAAUAUGCAGAUAUCUGUAAAUUAUAUAAUGUUGAUAUGUGAAUACAUUAUAACAUUAAUGUGACAUAUUCACAAGUUUAAAGACGGUUUGAUCCUGUAAGAAAUAAUAAGAACAAAGCAUAUAAAUUUAGCUACAGUACUCUUUGCAGUGAGAUAUUAAUUCUGUAAUUCAGUUAAUAAGCCAUCAUUGUAACGUCUCCAGUUAAUUAUGAAAUGUUACCAACGAGAAGUUUAACUAUUGUUCUUCAUUUCAUAUAACUACAACGAAUGAUAUAGGAGCUGUGAUUGGGGGUCAGAGUUCAAGUCCCAGUAGGGUGAAGACUGGCUUUGGAGCCUACCCAGCCUUCUGAAUCAAGUAAUCAUUAAAUGGGGGUUUCCCUGUAUUUAUAAUUUUGGAUCACAUGGCAGUGUGGAAUGAUGAAGUGUUUUCAAAAAAAGUGGCUAACCAGUCCCACCAUAGGGUGAUGAAAUUAUA